UUCACAGCGGCCGAUGUGCAGGUUCCGAGUCGCAUUUCAAGCAGUAACAUUUUUGCUUACGAGUUGUUUGGCUGUAAUUACGGCCAGCAAAUAAAUUGAAACUUUUUUUUUGCAUUUUUAGUGACAUAAUGUACUUUACAAUAUAUAAUUUGACAUUGGCUUGGCAUCACGUGAUUUCGCCAGCAGAACGUGAUUCUGACUACUCACACGAAGCCAAGCUAUAGCCAAGCUAACAGUUGACAUCGUGCAUCGUGUGAUCGUGUGUGAAUUCAGUGUUGCGCCAUUGCUUACGCUUACAUUGUCACAUUAGACUGCCUCGCGGUGUUCGCCACAGCGGAAAGUUUGGGCUUUCGAACUUUUAGCAAUGUCCCAAAAUCAGCGGAAACGCUACAGGCAGUACCUGCAGCCGGACUCGAACGUUCAAGUGCCACGGCAAACUCGAGAGUACGUGCUGAAAAGAGCCAAGUCAUCCACUGCUGCAAGUCAGACGAAUCUGGCAAACCUGAGCAGCCCUUCCGCGGAUCUCACUAACAUUGAUUCCAACGAGAAUGAAGCAGAUCAUCUUGGGCAGACUGAUCUUGCUUCUGAAAGUUAUGCUCGUGAAAGCACAAGUGCCUAUGUCAGCAACGUAGAAGGCACUAACGAAUGUGCAAGCGAAAUAGGCAGUAGGGAUGAAUGCAGUUCUGCCUUCGAGUCGAACAAUGAUGAUGAUGCAGAUAGUCAACCAGAGAAUGCUGCUGAAGGAAGCGAGCAUGAAGCCCUUGAAGAUGAUGAGUUUGAUAUGUACUUCACAAAGCUUUCAGAGGAGUACCUUCCAAACCAGACAACAACUAAAGCACAGGCUCUUCUCCUUGUGCUGGCAUAUGUUGUUACUUCUGGCCUUACAUGGACACAACUACAAGGGCUUCUUCCUUUAAUAAAUGCUCUGUUUGGGGUGUCUGGUAUUCGCAUGUUCACCCACCUAUGCACCUCUUCAUGA